AAUGGCCUCGUUGGCGUUCUCCUACAAAAAAUGGGACAGCCUGCUUACAGAUUCCGAAGAUUCGGAAGAUGACGAUAGUAAGGGCAGUGCCCGCCCGGAGACGAGGCCAAAGGAAGUGACCUCCGAUGACGAAAAGUUGCUGCACACAGCCUGUCGCGAUAAGGGACCAAACGCAAACAAAAAUCUCUCCGCGUUGUUUCAAAGACCAAUUAUGAAGGACUACUUCGCUCUGUUUACCCCUCAUGGGCUCGAGCUCGUGCCGAUCGCAGGGAGGAAGUACGAAGGUGGAGUGCUCAGUAAAUUUGAGGCUCUUACCGCCCACAAUCUCGAUGCGUGGUACCGAACAGCGAAGCUGCCGCACAAGGAGCAUGCUGAGAUGGUGAAGACGUCGCGGUAUGACAUAGUCCGACUUGACGAGCCUGACUUCGGAUACGAACCCUACUUAGACGCGCCGGUGCCACCGAGACCUCGACUGUCCCUGGGGAGAACAAAUGAUCACGUUACCUUCAAAGACCUCGGCUUUGACAGGCAAACACACAUGGUUGUCGUCGCAGUGAUCGACAUCCGGUUCCAAUUUGACCGACGCGUCAUGUUCGGAGGCGACUUUUUGAUGGAGGACGCGUUAGGUUCUCCUUCGCUUCCGAAACAUUAUUGGACCCAAGAUGUUGACGAAGACGAGAAGAGGAAGACUGGCGAGGCGGGGGGAAACAGCGUUGCCAUUUGUGCGUCUACUGGUGGUGCCGGCGGCAGUGGUCGACCGGUGUCUGAGCGCUCGCUGGCCUGUCCCUUUUUUAGAUUCGACCUGGUAGAAAUUCACUCACUUUGCCCAAAAACGAACAGCAAAGCGGCGGAGCUGAACGGGAAGCGUGCCUUUGUCGAAGAUGCCCACCACCCAGAAAUUCCGGGCAAAGUGGUGAUUCGCUUUCCUGGACAGAAAAACAAAAAAGUCAUGGACAUUUGGCCCGGGAAUCUACGUUUAGUUUCACAGGAUCCGGAUGAGCCGGAUGAUGCAGCAAAAGAUGCUUCCAAUGGCCCCGGGGGGAGCGAACCGGCAGCAGCUGAGGAAGAGGCUUUUUUUGUACAGCACGCUGAGGAGACGCUCAGUCGACUCCGGGCUGCGCG